UUGUGGAUGUGGCAACGUUAGCAGCACACCUCUGGGUUUUGGAAAUCAUCUGUUCACUUUAAAGUUGUCGUGUUUUGCGCAAAAAGGAAAAGUAUAGAUAAAAUAAAUCAUUGUGCUGAUAACGCUUCGAUCAAAUGAUAAGCGAUCACUAUUAGGCUUAUCUAUCAUAUGCAAUCGUAACAUUGUAGACGGCCGAGCUCAACGGCUGUAGUUCCAUUUAAAAACAGCUUUUCAAUCAGGUUUUUGCAGUUUUCUUUAAAUUUUUGUUGAGGUGGCAACACCAGCAGUAGAAACAUUAAAAUUGUAUACAUAUCUAAUUGGAUAUCUGGUCACUUGAAAGUCGCCGCAUUUCGUACAAAAAGAUAAAAAAUAUAGAUAAAAAGACAAACUUUGAAGAUGGCAUUUUGGCCGGUAUUACUGGAGGCGCUGAUAACGCUGGUGCACAUUAUAACCGAUCGAAUCUUGGAAUUUGCACUGGGCUGGUAUCUGGGUCCCCAUAAGCGUGUCGCAACAAUUUCCUCAGUGGAUCAACAGGUCAUAUUGACUAAGAGCGCCGUCGAGUUGGCAACAGCGAUACGCGCGGGCAAGUUGAAAAGUUACGACAUCGUCAAAGCUUAUUGCGAACGCAUUGAUAUUGUAAAUCGUGAAUUGAACGCUGUUGUCGAUGGACCUUUCGACACGGAGGCGCUAGAGGAAGCCCGCAAAAUCGAUGAACGCUUAGCGUCAGGUCAGUAUACCGAUGAGGAGUUGUUGGCGUUGCCCUUUCUGGGCGUGCCCUUUACCACCAAGGACAGCACGUCGGUGGCUGGCAAGCUGCUCACAUUGGGCCUGCUGGCACGCAAGGAUAUGAGAUCUAAAGAGGAUGCGGAGUGCGUGCGUCUGAUGAAGAAGAGCGGUGCAAUUAUCAUUGCCACGUCCAAUGUGCCGGAAGUGAACAAAUGGAUUGAGUCACGUAAUAUGCUCAUUGGUGGCACCAAUAAUCCGUACGACUUGAGACGGUCAGUGGGCGGCUCCUCAGGCGGCGAGGGUGCUUUAAUUACGGCCUGCUGCACAGGCUUUGGACUAGGCACUGAUAUCGGUGGGUCCAUACGUAUUCCUGCAUUCAAUUGUGGCGUCUUUGGUCACAAGCCCACCUCGGGUGCCAUCAACAUGGCCGGCUGCACCUUUCGCACUGGCAAGGAGCUCAACACGAUGGUCUGCGCAGGCCCCAUGGCACGAUUUGCUACCGAUUUGCGACCCAUUAUGAAGGUCCUGGUGGAGCCAUCGCUGCAGAAUGUACUCCAACUGGAUAAGAAGGUAGAUGUGAAGCAAUUAAGGUACUUCUAUGUACCUAGUCUGGGAAUGCGCCAGUGUAAUCCCAUUAAUCAAGAGACCGAGCGAGUCAUGUAUAAUGUGCGCAAACAUCUGGAGCAGCUGAGUGGUCAAGAGGUGCAUCUGGCCAAGCUGCCGGAAACGCAGCUGACAGGCAAAAUGUGGCGUUACUGGAUGACCCAAGAACCGGCCAGCUUUAAUCAUCUCCUGGGCAACGGCGUCCAACUGAAUCCGUUUGUGGAGCUAUUUAAAAAGUUGUUGGGUAAGAGCGAGUACAGCAUGGCGGCCAUUUACUCGCUAAUUGAUAGCCUGCUGCCCAAGGAGAAUGAAAAGUUAAUACGCUCGGCCACCAAGAAGUGCAAGGCAGCUCUGCAAGAGCUGCUGGGAGAGAAUGGAGUGCUGAUUUUCCACAGCUCUCCACGUACAGCCCCAUUCCAUUACUAUCCUUUGUUUAAGUUUCUGGACUUUAGCUACUUUAGUCUAUUCAAUGUGCUCGGACUACCGGCGACACAGGUACCCAUGGGACUGGAUAGUCAAGGCAUGCCACUGGGUAUUCAGGUCGUAUCCAAUCACAAUAACGACCGCCUUUGUUUGGCUGUGGCCGAGGAGCUGGAGCGUGCAUUUGGCGGCUGGGUGGCACCGUUUCCAUUGAAAUCCAAAUAAAUUGAUGGUGACCAUCUUUUUUUAAUACUCAUCCAGGUGGUGGGGAUCCUAAGGCUGUUUCUAUGAACAAUAAUCUAAUAAACAAUUUGCUUUGAUAAAAA